CACACAUAAUAUGCCACAUAAAAGAGCCAAUGCCCGUAUUCGUAAAGAAAGGAAGCAAAAAAUGGAUCUUCCAGUAUCUAAAGAAGACACCAAUGUAAGAGAUGACGAUACACCCAAAGGCUUUACUCGAUUAUUCAAGUAUAAAGAAAUGGCAAUAAAGAAACAACAAGAAAAAAAGGAAGCCAAGAUGAAUGCAAAGAAUAAUCCGAUAACAACAGCAAAAAAGAACAUCACCAUUCAACCAGGUGAAAGAUUAAAAGACUUUGUUCAGAGAGUAGAACAUGAAUAUCAACAAGAAAUGGUAUCUGCAUACAAGUCGACCAAAUCGGCCAGCGAGAGUAAACGGCGUAAUCGAGAAAAAAGGAAACAAAAAAAACUGGAAAAGAUACAAAAGGAAAAAGAAUUGUAUGGCGGUCGAGAUUUUGAUGAUUUGAAGGACAACGUCAAGUUUGGAGAGGUAGCUGAUGCACCUCCUAUAUUUAGUAAAUUACCCAAGGCACGCGGGCGUGGCAAAGAGACACUAGAACAAAAGACAAAGCAACAAGAAGAGAAUGAAGAUUCAAAGGGAUAUGAAUCAGAAGAAGAUGAAAACAUGAAGCUAUUGAAAGCAUCUCACAAACGCAAGAUUCAAAAUAUGAGUGCAGCGGCUCGCGCACAAUUGGAUAAUGAAAGAGAACGAGCGAUUGCCGCAUAUCGAGCAAAGAAAGCUGAAAAAAUGGCACAAAAUGCUUAAAGAUACAUAUUCAAUCCAGUCCACACGAAAAUAUAUACAUAAAAUAUAAAACAUUCCCCAAAGACCUCUUUAAAUAUAUAAACUCUUUGUCUCUUUUUACAACC